CAUUUUGGACUGCGUUUGAAGUGGAAUAGCGGAGCUCGACGACGUCGAUGGACUCGCACCUACGCAGUGCGACUGAAAGCCCCCUGGCAGGAAAUUGGUGCUCUGCGCCUGCGCAGCCUCUGUUUCGUCGUCUCCACCGCUGAGUCGGUCAACGUGUGGGCCAUUACCCUGAGUGGUGAAUUGGUCUGCCGUCUCGGUGUCUCCAUCUCUAACCCCGCAGUACGAACCUGCACAGAUUAG